AUGCCAACUCCUAAAAAAUCAGAACUAUUAACAAAUAAGACAGACGAAGAAACAGCUGCAGAUCAUUACUUUCUUGAAGACAUGCACGCUGAUCUUGAAGACUUGGCUAAAAAUAGAGAACUUACGUUUGAGGAAAUACCAUCAGUAAAACUAUUAAAGGUUGGAUUGGAAG